UGUGUGUGUGUGUGUGUGUGUUGGUAUAUAUGGUUUAGCCUGCCUUUUGACCUGAAUACGUACUUACGUUACGCGGACCUAGGGGUAAUACACGGACAGUGCCAAUGUCCGCAUAAAUCAUGGAGUGUAUUUUAAAUUUUGAGUAUCUAAACAACACUUUUUCUCAUAAAUCUAAAGUUUUAUAGGAACUAUUCCAGUGUUUGCAUGAUUUGGACCAUGUAUUUGUACUUUUCACUGAAUAAACAGCGUGAUAUCUCACUUUCUUUAAUUGUCCUUUUAUACCAUGUAACCUGAGUUUUGUGUAUUCCAGUGUAUAACACAGCGCCGCCUGAUGUCAGUGUAUGAAUUGCAGUUUUACACACAUUUUUAUACACUACGCGCGCUUUUAGCCGGUCAUCAUCUGAUUGGCUGGAAAAAAACUGUGGGCGUGUCUUAUUACCAAACCAUCCCAGACGCAAGGUUUUUAAAAAUUAAAUCCUCAUUUGAAGCCGCAGCCCUCAAUAUGGACCUGUUGGUGGAAUAACCGUGCACAGGUAAGCAUUAAUGGUAAAUUAAAAUAAUUUUUGCCUAGAUGAAGUUAUUUACAAGUAAAUAACUGCAGCUGCAAGAAAGGUUUUUGAGCAAAAUGAAAUAUUUUAGAUUUUAAUUUAGGUGACAUUAAAGCUAAGCAACUUAUUUUAGAUAUUUGCAUCAAGUAGCUUAAAUAUGUAUGCUUUUAUGACUGAAAAGACUUACCUGAAGCAGUAUAGUUUUUAUUCCGAGUGUUUUAAAGUAAGAGACUAGCUGGGCUAGGAGAGCUAGCUUCCUAGCUAGAGCUAGUCUCCUAGCUAGAAACAGGUGUUUGACAAGUUGACAAUAUUUGGGGUAGGUGGUACCUGUGUGGUACCUACUACCUAGCUUUUGGUGAUAAAAGUUGGGUGAUGAACUGUAAGGUUUUCAUCAUUAUAUUUAACAAUAUUGGUGAACUGCUUGCUUUAUGUUAGCUAAUUGCACCGUAGUGAUGCUUGUUAAGCUCGUUAAGCUUGAUUUCAAGCAGGAGAUUAAUAAGAAGCAAACCCACAGGUUUCUGUGAAACUUGUUUAUCUUUUGGAAAAGCACCAAUGGUUGAAGGUUUUAAUAAUUGGCUGCAAUAGGGCUGGUGCAUCAAUGGCUUUAAAGCUGUGUACUGUAAUCACUUUCAUGACUUAAAUGCUGAAAGUGUAAAUCAAGAGUCCUCAAAUUUAGGCAAAUAUCGGUGUCCUUCAAUUUUUAAAUGUAUAUUUGUACCUGAAUCAAUUAGCUGAAUAACCUCCUCAUAUGCAGCCAAAUUCUCCAGAUUUCUGACCACAUUAUUUGACUUAGGUGUGUUGAAGCAGAGAUGCAACUAAAAGUUGGAGGAGACUGUCCCUGGAGGACUGAUUAAAACUGUUUAAUUAAAGAUAAAUAGGACUUCUCUAAUAAAAUUCAUUUGUGCAACAAAUUACCCUUUUUCCUUAAAGUAUGGCUCAAAUGUUCUUGUAAGGCUGUACUAUUGGCUGAACAUCAAUAUAUUGAACACUGAACUAUUUGUAGAUGGUAAAGCACUUUUUUAAAUCAGUGAUUAAAUAAAUUAUAGUGUUGGUGUUUUAUCUGAGCUGUGUGUCUUGCAUGCAUAACAUGUUUCCAUAUUUAUAAUUACAUUUUUAGCUUUAACAUUUGUAGGAAUUACAAAGACACUUGUAAUUCCUUCUUUGACUGUUAUAACUUUUCAUACAUGUCAGUAAAACAUGCAGAGGCGAAGACGCAUAAAUCCGAAGGAAGAUGCCAAAUAUUAUAUUCAUACCAAAACGGACAAAGUGGGGCUUGACGUCACAUACAUCAAUGCCUUUAAAGGUCGUGGUAUCUUUGCCACAACCUCUUUUCAGAAAGGAGACUUUCUGUGUGAAUAUCGAGGUGAACUGAUCAGUAAAGAGGAAUGUGAGAGGAGACAGAGAGUUUACCAUGACAACCUUAAAGUAUUCUUGUUUGAAUUCUAUUUUAAUGGAAAACUCUGGUGUGUUGAUGCAGCAAAAGAAGAUUGCUCCCUUGGAAGGCUUAUAAACGAUGACAAUAUCAGCCCAAAUGCCAAAAUGAAGUAUUUGACCGUCCAACAGAAGCCACAUUUGUGUUUAUUUGCAACUCGAGAUAUCAAUCAGGGAGAAGAGAUUACGUACAAUUAUGGGGACUCAGACUGGCCAUGGCGACUCAAGAACUCCAGUGGGAUGUCUUCAACUGGACAAGAUGUUGAGGUGCCAUCCACAUCACGGUUGGUUUCAUACUAUGGACCGGUAUCAAGCAAAGACCAAAUAAAGAUCAGAGCUGAAAAUGACCAGGAUCAGAUGAUAACCAGUGUCCCAAACGAGACAGAUCCAGUCCUGGAUUCACUCCCCAUCAAGGAAUUGGAGGAAGAAAUGUCCCAAAGUCCUGACUGCACUCAUUCAACUUCUACGGCUGGCAACACAGAACAGAUCAGAGCUGAAAAUGAUCAGGAUCAGAUGACAACCAGUGUCCCAAAUGAGACAGACCCUGUCCUGGAUUCACUCCCCAUCAAUUCAGAGGAAUUGGAGGAAGAAAUGUCCCAAAGUCCUGACUGUCCUCGUACGACUUCUACGGCUGGCAACACAGAACAGAUCACAGCUGAAAAUGAUCAGGAUCAGAUGACAACCAGUGUCCCAAAUGAGACAGACCCUGUCCUGGAUUCACUCCCCAUCAAUUCAGAGGAAUUGGAGAAAGAAAUGACUCAAAGUCCUGACUGUCCUCGUACAACUUCUUCAGCUGGCAACACAGAACAGUGGGAGCAGUGUCAUCGACAGCAGAGGAAACUGUCCCUCCUGUUGAAGAGACCUCCUCUACUGCACCCAGAAGACAACCAAAAAAACCAUGGUCAAGUGCUGAGGUUUCUGCUGUUAUGAGGCAUUUUAAAGCUCACAUAGGUAAAGGAAAACUUGCCACUAAAAAUGAGUGCAAACACUGCAAGUUGGUGGAAGGUCCUGUGCUGGCUCA